AUGGCCAAACACAUCUCUAGCGAUAAGUACACAGCAAAUGCAUACGAGGUCAUCCCGAACGCGCAUAUUCACCCGGAUGUGGAGCACCACGUCCAUCCAGAGGAUACCUCGCACUACAUCCUGCCCGCCGUCUUCUCAAGCGACAAAGGCUUCACCGUUCUCGUGCGAUAUCCCGGCCCUGGGGUUUACUUCAUCACAGCCGGUGAAGCUCACUGUCAUGAUACGAAGAAUGGGAAUGAUACUGUGCUCACUGCUGGUUCUGUCGUUCACAUCGAAGACGGGGCUGUUAUCCGGUGGCGUACAAAGCCUGGUACUAAAGGCUUUGCUGCGUUCUACGUUCCUGUAUCCGUCAAGAGCUUUGACGAAUUUGUAGUCCCCGAGUAA